AUGGGGCUCGCUUUCCUCGCAUCUGUGCUACUUCUUAUGCCCUUGGGCAUUGCCCUUGUGGCUGCUGUCACCUUUGGCGUAGCACUCUUCAUUCAGUCAGCCUACAACCUGACCAUCGGAGAGUAUAUCGUCAAUCCUUGGAAGCACAUUCCUGCUGCCACUCAUGAGGGUUCGGUCUUGUCGACGAUGCUCAUGGGUGAUUUCGGUAUCAUCAAGGCCUCUGAGCCUGCAGAGCAACAUGCUCGCUGGAUCUCAGAACUCGGCUCCGUCUUCCGAUACCGCCACAUGUUUGGCAAGCCCCGCAUCUUCAUUUCUGAUCCAAAAGCCCUUCUGGUGAGUGAUAGGACGAGCCACAUUCUGCAAAGCCAAAGUAGCCACACUCUGCAAAGCCAGAGUUGAGGCUCGCAAUGCGUGCAGAAUGCGUGCACAGCUGUGCCGCGCCGAGUCUUGGCGCCAGGCAACGCUCUUUUUGCCGAGGCUUCCCGCUCCCAAGUCUCAUCUAUCGAAAUCGAGCUCACAUCUGCUACCGCAUUGCGCUUUUGCAGUACAUUCACGGCCCUGGUCGCGCAUACAAGUACCCUAAGAGCACUCCUACUCGUGUCUUUUUGGACGCUGUGAUGGGUGAAGGCUUGAUCAGUAUCGAGGGCGACAAGCACCGCCGCCAGCGCCGCAUCAUUUCCCCCGCUUUCACCAACGCUGCGGUUAAGGAGCUGCAACCAGUCAUGGAGAAGCACGGAGCAAAUCUCGCAACCAAAAUCGGCAAAAUCAUUGACGGAUCUGUGGACCGCAGAAAGGGACUGGUCUCCAAGACGAAGUUGCAGGAUGGCGAGACGCCCCCCGAUCUUGCAGUUCACUUGCACAGCUACAAGGGGCAAGUCGCAGUCGUUGACGUCCUCUUCUGGGCUUCGCGCACCGCACUCGACGUCAUCGGUGACGCUGGCUUCAACUACCAGUUCAACUCACUGGAGCACGGAAACGAGGACGAGCUUAGCGAGGCUUACAACAAUUUGAUGACUGCUUGCAUGGAUGUUGACCUCUUCCAAGCUGUCACCAUCUUGCUCUCAGAGAUUCCCGGACUGAACUGGAUGCGCAACAUUCCCACCCACCGCAACAAGACCAUCUGGAGCGCCCGUGCGACCAGUGGCCGCUACGCCAAGUCCAUCGUCGCUCGUGCGAAGGCCGAGAUCGCGGCCGAGGCUGCUGCCGCCGCGGGCAUUCCCGCAGGUGGACUCAAGUCCCGCCGUUCUCAGGCUUCUCUUCGCACAACACCCUCUUCCGCAUCUCUUCGUCAGCGCGCUGGUCACGCCGCCUCUGUAGCCGAUGACUCUGGGGAUGACAAAGCUACCAACGUCGAUGACCUCAACCCGCCCCAGCCUUCUUCUCGUGCCCAAUCUGUAUUGACCAAGGAUGCCUUCGACGAUGUUCAGACUACCAAGUCCGGAUCUCUGCUCCACCGUGUCAUUCGCGCCAACUUGGCUGCCGAUCUUCGUCCCAACGAGCGCCUCACCGACGAGGAGCUCGAGGGUGUGCCAUCUACCUUCUUGCUCGCUGGCUCCGAGACGUCCGCCACGCAGACCAGCUGGACGUUGCGCCUCAUGGCCGAGAACCUCGAUAUUCAGGAACGCCUCCGCGCUGAGAUCAUGGCAGCCAAGAAGCAACACGCUCUCGAAGGCAACGGCGCUUACGAGGGAUGCCUGCUCGGCGAUGUCCACGCCCUGCCUUACUUGGAGUGCUGCGUCAAGGAAGCUCUGCGUCUCAUGACUGCGCUCCCAAGCACUGUGCGCGAGGCCACCGAGGACGACGUCGUUCCCCUCUCCAAGCCAUACCGCAACAGCAACGGCAAGGGCACCUUCGACUCUGUUCCCAUCCCCAAGGGACACGAGCUCUUCACCCCGAUCGCAGCUGUCGGCCUGGACACUGAGCUUUGGGGCCCCGAUGCCGGCGAGUACAAGCCUGAGCGCUGGAUGAACGAGGCCAAGGACCUUCCUGCCUCCGUCAAGCCUCUUCCCGGACCUGGUCUCUACUCUUUCAUCUCUGGCCCACGCAACUGCGUUGGCCAGCGUUUCGCUCAGACCGAGAUCAAGGUCUUGCUGAGUCACAUGUUGACCAACUUCAAGUUCGAAGUUGUGCCAGGCUGGGAGCUUAAGCAGAGGCAGAUGAUUGCUCGCCGAGCCCUUGUUAUUGGACAAGAGAAGUACGGAACCCGCAUGCCUUUGAUCGUCAGCAGACUCGAGUCGUCGUCGGCGUAG